UUACGAGAAAAAUGGAAUCCAUCGCAGAACAACUUGCCCUGUAAACCAUCUCCUUCUCUUCUUCUUCACAUUCUCUUUAUCCUACCGUUCUUUUCCUUUCAUUUCCUUUCCUUUCUGCCAAACAACAACAGAACAGAGAAGAGAUGAACUGUUUCAGGCCUAAGGGGUCCAAAACUCCCCAAGCUCCCACCAAAGAAGAAAACCCAGAAUCCAGGAACGUAAAACAUGAAGUUCUUCUAACCGUUCCCGGAUGCAAAGUUCAUCUGAUGGAAGAAGGGGAAGCUCUGGAACUUGCCAAUGGCUGCUUCACAGUCCUUCGAUUGUCGGACGAAAACGUCGAGCUCGCCACCAUCAUCAAUGUUGGCGAAGAUCUUCAAUGGCCAUUGACGAAAGAUGAACCAGUGGUGAAGCUUGAUGCUCUGCACUACCUGUUUUCGCUGCCCAUUGGAGAUGGUGAAGCUUUGAGCUAUGGCGUGGAGUUCCAUGAAGAAGGUGGCGGCUUGGGUCUGCUGGAUUCGUUUCUCAGGGAAAAUUCAUGCUUUUCUUGUUCGUCUUCGAGUGGUCAGAGUAAGGAUUUAAACUGGAAGGAGUUUGCGCCGGCGGUUGAAGAUUACAACAAUUUUUUGGCCAAGGCGAUUGCCGGGGGAACUGGCAAGAUUGUCAAGGGCAUCUUCAAAUGCAGCAAUGCUUACACCAACCAGGUGCAAAAGGGAGGAGAAGUGAUCCUAACUCAAGCAGUAGAGCACAAAAGCAGCAUCCCGGCAAGAGAGAGAAAGAGCAACAAAGACGUUGGCUCCACGAAGAAGAGUGGAGCCAAUAAAAGCCUGAAACGUGUGAGAAAGCUGUCCAGGAUGACACAAAAGAUGAGCAAGAAAAUGCUUGAUGGUGUUGGGAUUGCCACCGGGUCGGUGAUGGCGCCGGUGGUUCGGUCCCAGGCCGGAAAGGCAUUCCUGGCCAUGGUUCCCGGGGAGAUCCUUUUGGCUUCGCUGGAUGCUGUCAAUAAAGUCAUGGAUGCAGCUGAAGCUGCUGAAAAACAGGCUUUCUCGGCCACCUCUGCCGCCGCCACCCGAAUGGUUUCUCAAAGUUUUCAAGAUUUUGGAAACCAAUACAGAAAACUGAGAAGGGUCCCAAAGUUGUUCUUCUUGUUGUUGUUGAUGUUGAUGUGCUUGCUGGUGAGCAGGUUUGGAGAAAGUGCAGGAGAGGCAACGCAAGAUGCGCUUGCAACUGCAGGACACUGCGCAGGCACUGCUUGGAAUAUAUUCAAGAUAAGAAAGGCCAUCAAUCCUGCAUCGUCUGUGUCUUCUGGAGUUCUAAAGAAUGCAAGAAGUUAUAGGAAACCUUAAAAUCCUAUCGAAUCUCAGUUUAAUUGUGGAUCAAACUUGAAGAGUGUGACAGGAAGAGGGAGAGAUUUGUUUAAUUGUUGGGUUAUGAACAAAGCUUCUGCAUCAUUUAAAGAUGAAUGAAUGUGAUGACAAAUAGAAGGCUAAGCAAAUCAUGAAUUUUGGGUGAGCCAUAUCUUGAACCAAUUGAUUUUAGGAUGCUUUAGAAUUAAUGCAAGUUUAGAUG